AUGAACCUCUUACUUUUGGACCCAUUCGAGGUUGCGAAAGAGUAUCCAGAAACAUUAACCAACAGCUUGCAGUAUGGUCACUCGCGGUUCCUCAAAUUUAAUAAAAAGGGUGACUAUUUAGCCAGUGGUCUUCUAGAUGGCUCAAUUUGUAUAUUCGAUGCUGAUACUAAUCAAGUCAUUGCAGUAUUGAAGCAGCAUACGGGGGUGGUCCAAUCAUUAGAGUGGUCUAACUGCGGCCGCUAUUUACUUAGCUCUUCCACUGAUUGUAAAGUUUUACUAUGGGAUUUAAAAACAAAGACGGUGAUUAGAGAAAUUAUAUUUGAGAGUGCUGUUUGGACGGCUCAACUACAUCCAACUAACACAUUUGUUUUCGUAUGCACAAUUUUCAACGAUGAUCCAGUAUAUGUUGAUUGGAGUAAUGAAAAUGAUAUCAGGAUAUUAAAAAUCCCUACAACACCCUACCAACCAGAACAAUCGCUAACAUCAGACAAAAAUGAGGAUGGUGAUAAACAUAUUGAAGAGCCUGAACCUAAAAAGCAAAAAAAGUCAAAAGACUUAGCCUUUUGUGUAAAGUUUGCCUAUAAUGGGAAAUUAAUGUUUAUGGGUACCAAUAAAGGUUGGCUAAAUAUAAUAUCAAAUUUUGAUAAUAGCAGCUGGUUGAAAACUAUCUACUCUCAAAAGAUUUGUAGCUCGCAUGCAAAACAAAUUGUGAUUUCUGAGAAGACGCUGAAGAUUUUCGUAAAUUGCUCUGACAGAAUUAUUAGACAAUUAUCAAUCCAUGAAGACUUCAUCACAAAAUAUUUGAAGAAUCCCUCAGAACCAACUAAAGACGAAGGAAAAUCUGAGGAUUCUGAAGCAUCUGGGGCAUCUGCAACAGAAAAUAACGAAAAUGACGAAUUUGAGAUCGAAUUGAAAUAUCAGGAUGUUGUCAAUAGACUUCAAUGGAACUCUAUAACUAUAAACCAUAACGGGGAAUAUUUGAUUGCAUCCACUUAUGGCUCAGGAGCUCAUGAUAUUUAUAUGUGGGAAACUACAAUGGGAUCGCUUACCAAAGUUCUUGAAGGACCAAAAGAAGAGUUGUUUGAUAUUGAUUGGAACAAUAAAAGAUGUUGCAUUGGGGCCAAUGGACUUGAUUCGGGUUAUGUUUAUCUUUGGACUAACAUAAUUCCGCAAAAAUGGAGUGCAUUAGCUCCUGAUUUUGUUGAAAUUGAAGAGAACGUGGAGUACAGUGAGCAGGAAGAUGAGUUUGACAUUUUGCCAAAUGAAGAGAUAAAUCAGAGGCAAUUGAAUGAAGAAGAUGAGCAUGUUGAUAUCAUUACCAAAGAUGAGGUGGAUGCAAGAGGAUUACAGGAAGAAGAAUCCUUUGUCAUUCCGAUGAUUCUCAAGAAGGAUAUUGAUUUAAGUGAUGGCGAGGAUGUUGAUUAA